AUGAUACAUUUUGCAAAGAAAUCAUUUGUCUGCUCAUACACCAAAGAUGCCUUUUCUGUGAAAGUCUGGAGACGGUGCAGAGAGAGGGAGAAGCUGGAGGCUGUGCCCCAACUGGUGGUCGAUCGCAUCCUGUCUCUGGACGGCUAUUUCAUUUACAGAGUAAUCUGGGCUGUGGCCCGGGCCUUAAAUGCAGCCUCUUUAUCCAGGUCUAGAAGGACAAGGAUGAGAGAUGGUGAGAACGUGAAGACCCCAAGGCUGAAGGCAUGGCAGCUUCAUCCCUUCCUUCAAAAUCCUCAGUUUUACAAUAAUUCCAUAGAAGGGGUCUUUUUGGAUGAGAAUGGGGACCUGGCAGCAGACAUGGACAUUGUGAACUGGCUGGUUGUCAGCCAUAGGUCCUUUGACAGAGUGAAGUUUGGGACUCUAGAAAGACAGGGGUCCCUGGAUUUCAAGUUGAGGAUCCACCGGAACGCGACUGCAGCGAUGGAAGAGCUGAACAAGCCCCUGCCUCCUUCCAGGUGUGUGGAAAGCUGUCAGCCUGGAUUCAUGAAGGUUGCUCAGGAAGGGAAGCCUAUCUGCUGCUACGAUUGUCUGCCUUGUCCAGAAGGAACCAUCUCCACCAUGGAAGAUUCAGAAAAAUGCAGCAAAUGUCCAGAAGAUCAACAUUCAAACACCAAUCGAGAUCACUGUAUCUCCAAGAUUAAAACCUUCCUAUCCUAUCAAGAACAGUUGGGGAUCAUCCUGGCUUCCAUUGCCUUGUUCUUGUCCAACACCACAGGAUUUGUCUUGGGAGUGUUCAUUAAAUUCCAGGAAACUCCAAUUGUCAAAGCCAACAAUCGGGAUCUCUCCUAUAUCCUCCUCGUCUCCCUCCUGCUUUCCUUCCUGACCUCCUUCCUCUUCAUUGGCCAGCCAAGGAGACCCACCUGCCUUCUCCGACAAACAGCCUUCAGCAUUGUUUUCUCACUCGCUGUCUCUUCUGUCUUGGCCAAAACGGUCACGGUGGUGUUAGCUUUCUUGGCUACAAAACCAGGGAAUAAAGUGCAGAGAUGGCUGGGGAAGAGCUUGGCUAACUCCAUCAUCCUUUCUUGCUCUGGUGUCCAAGUUGUCCUCUGCAGCAUCUGGUUGGGCACUUCUCCCCCAUUCCCUGACUCUGACCUGCACUCCCAGCCUGGAGAGAUCAUCCUGCAAUGCAACGAAGGCUCUGUCGCCAUGUUUUAUGGAGCUCGCUGCUACAUGGGUUUCCUGGCUGCUGUCUGCUUCACAGUGGCUUUCCUGGCCAGGAACCUCCCUGGGGCCUUCAACGAAGCCAAGCUGAUCACCUUCAGCAUGCUGGUCUUCUGCAGUGUCUGGGUCUCCUUUGUGCCCACCUACCUGAGCACUAAGGGCAAGAACAUGGUGGCUGUGCAGGUCUUCUCCAUCUUGGCCUCCAGUGCUGGCCUGCUUGGCUGCAUCUUCAUCCCCAAGUGCUUCAUCAUCCUGCUAAGGCCAGAUCUGAAUACAAAAGAACACUUGAUGUCAAAAUAA